GUUUACUAACAUUUACUAAGAAAUGCCAAGACUUCCGUUGCUACUACUCCUUCGCAACCAUCGCUAUUUUGUUUUCGCUUUCCCCCACUGAUCAGGCGUUCCGUGUGUGUUAUGCUCGCGUGAGUCAGUGUGACUCGUGUUGACUCGUGUCGGUCGUGUGUUCUGAGCAGUCCCAAAGUUCAAAUUGUUUGCGGAUACAAAGGGCUGAGACUGUCGAGAAAGCUGAAUGCGAUGGUGUAUGAUCGUUUUGUGUGACGAGUUUACUAUUGGAUGCAACCGAAACAAAUAACAAACAACGGAAAGAUUCAGAAAGAGAAGGAGUAGGAGAUCCAGGAGGCAUCAAGUAUCGGCGGAACAACCAUGGCAUGUUCAAUUGUCGUUGGAUAAUCUUGCAUUGCUUCAUCAAUUCUGUGCAACAAAGAUCGCAACAGAUUUCUAUCUCUCCACAACAAAUACAGAAACCAUCUAUAGCAACAUCAGUCUCUUUAGCUGAACAUAAUACACAAUAUUAGUAUUAAUAUGGAAGCUAGUACUUCGAAACGUGUUCAAGAGAAAGUAUAUGUUAUACAAAAAUCUCGUUUGCCACAAUUAGAACAUGACAACCAUUCAAAUAAAGGCAUCGCUGUUCUCACGAUCCAAAAGAUUAUUCACGAUCCAUCAAAUAUGAUAGUUCGGCAUCAAAUUCCGGGAAAUAUGGCAAAAAUGUUAGUGAUGUCAGCCAGUGGAGAACAGAAACUAAUUACGUUUGACAUACCGAAUGAGGACUGCACAGUACAAGACUUAUUGGACCAGGUGGAUAUAUCAUUUUCUGAUGAAAUGCAAAUCUCCUUAGUACAUGAUCCUGCAUUUGACAUAAACUAUAUAGUGGAUGCAGUAGGUUCUGGCGUUACAUCUCUUGAUGGUGAUUGCAACUCUUCUCAGGAAAUUGCAAGCACUGCUGUAGGCAGUGAAAAUUUACCUCAAAUUAUCAAUGCAUCAGAUGAAAACAGUAACACUUCUUCUCAAACUUGCGAGGAACGUAUUUUGGUCGAGGGAAUGCUCGCUCUCUGUCCACACUGUGGCUACAGUUCACUAUACUUUAACCGAUGUGAACGAUGUAAUACAAAAUUAAAAAUUGAGGAAGUCGAGUCGAAGUUUCAACUCCGUUAAUACGCAUCAGUGUCGGAAGGUGUACGGUGAUCUCACGGAUCUUGUAUGCAUUCGAGAGGUCGAGAUUCUCAAGAAUCCGUGGUCGUGACACUUGCCUGGAAGUACCUGAAAGAAAUAAAGAUAAGACGACGAACAAACAUCAUUGGACAAUGGAAAAUAACGUUGUUUGAAAAACAACGGACUAGGUCAACAUCGAUCAAUUUUGCUAUUUUUGCCUCAAUAUUCUUAACCAGAAAUAGAUUCGUCAAAAGUAAAGGUAAAAAAACUUGAAUUUAUUAAUAUCGAUUAUAGAAGUACAUUUAUCAUAUUUUUCUUACGAUCACUGAUAAACGAUGUAUUGAUUUUUACUCAAAUUAAUUAUGCGUAACGUGUAUCUUGAUGGAUAUAAUAACGAAAAUGUUAUUGAAAAUAUUUAUUGAACAUAUUUAUUGAAAAUAAAAUUCUUUUAUACAUAUAUACUAUAAUUUUUUAUCACAAUUGAUAAAACUUCUUUAGAGAUAUUAUUAUAUAAAUAUUAAUAAAGAAGAACACAUAAUGGGAGGAGAAAUUAUUAAGCAUCAAUUUAUUCGUUCGAUUACAUAAGCUGUAUCAUCUCGAGCUCACUGAAAACUGUCAUGUAAUAAAUAUGUUUGCAAUUGUUCAAAA